AUGGCGCUGUCACUGCCAUUGACGUCCUACAGCCAUGUGAGGCAGGCCCAGGAAUCUACGAGGCGAUGCUUAAGUCACAACCCACCUCAAAGGCCCGGCAUGCCGUCACAUGUCAGAGCUGAGCCGUUCUAUGCUGGUCUUGUUCUCGGAUGUGCUGGGUUCGCAUGGAGAAAGCUCUUGUCCCGCCGCGGGCAAAAGAGGACUUUUCAGGUUUGCUUGCCAGCCACCGGGAGUACCAUUGAGACGCUGGAGCAAGCUGAUCUUUCCGAGGAAGAGCUGUUGUCAAUCUUCAAAACCGCAUCUGAAGGAAAAGACCAAGUAACCUUUGACCAAGCCGCAAGUUUGGAAGGUGUCGAUGCAGUUCUGGAAGAAGGAGCAGCAAACUUGGAGGAGCUUAAGGUGAUUUGGGGCGACCCUGAUGAGUCGCUGGACUUUGAUGGGUUCUGCAGCUGGUACAAUGAUGUCCUGAAACUCUAUGAUGCGUUUCUUUGGCAAGACGCAGUAGCCCCUCCGUCAGAGUUGUUGGAAGAAGAACGAGACGCAGAGGACCUGCGCAACCUGAGUGACGAGCAGCUUUUAGAAGAUGCUCCAGCAAUCGGAGUAAAGGUGCAAGACUUGAGGACGAGCGUCCUCAAGCCCAAGCAAGAGAUGAGAUAUGGAACUCUGACUGACAAAGUGCCGGUUCCUGAAAAGCCUUUGUGGAAGCAGUUCGAGGAGGAGCAGGCAAGAAAGGCAGGAAAAGCUCCUGAAGAAGAGUAUGGCACUGAGUAUGAGGAAGACAAACCAAUUGGACCAAGUACAGAAGGUCUUGCAACACCGUCGGCUGGAGGAGGAAGAGAAAAUGUUGAAAUCACGCAGCUCUUCAGACAGGCGUGUGACGAGAACAAUCUGUUGUCCUUUGAAUCGCUCAAAGAGAUUUCCGAGAUUGAUGAGAUGCUUUCAUCUGAGGAUCUUGCGGAAGAAGAGCUGCUGGACAUGUGGGACAAUUUGCCAAAGAAGAAGGGCGAUUUCAUUGAUGUUCUGGCGUUCAGAGAUUUGCUGGCCAAGAUCGAUGAACUCUUCGAGUAUGUGGAAGAAGAUGUAGAGGAAGACCCUGCAAACGAGGCACUCAUGCAGUUUGAAGGAGGGGGCUUGGCAAAAGCAAAAAAGCGAAACCUCCAGACAGUGAAGCAAGAGCUUCUUGAUGCCAUCAACCGUUUAGAGGCGUCACAGGACAAGCCUUGUGGUCUUGGAUCAACAGAAGAACUUGACGGGGAGGUGAUCAAGCUUGCAGGUGAGCUGGAAGAUGUUUGGAGAGACCAGGUUGGUGACUUGAACGACUUUGACGGGGCGAAGCUAGCAGGGCUGUGGGAGCUGAUCUAUUCCACCUCCGUCAAGUUCCGACGUUGGGGUUCUGUGUUGAAUGCGGUUCGAGACAUCAAGAAUGCCAAGUUCGAGGCACUGAUUCAGAAUUUUGGAAUUAGUGGUGAUGAUGGCUUCAACGAAUACGACAUGGAAGAAGUCUUCAAGGCCAAGGAGAGUGAAGACAGCGAAGAAGAAGUGGAACUUUCCAUGCGGGGCCAGGGAUCCUGGAAGCUUGGCAUCCAGCAGAAUGUUGUGACUGGCGACGAGGAUUUGGUUGUGAAGCUUGAGAUCACUGGUGUAGAAUACGAUACCCUCGAAGACACCGUGGACAACUGUGGUGAGAAAACUCUGAUGAGUCCUAUGUGCAGGACAUUUAGCUACGGCUUCAUCAGUUACAUGGACGACAAGAUUCGUGUGAUGAGGACCAGCUUGACCGGGCGUUCGGUUUACAUUUUUCAGCGGAUAGACGAAGAGAAUGAGGCUGCUUAA